AUGACCAAGAAACGGCGAAAUGGGCAUACGCGCCGCCGCUCGUUCUCGGAGAGCGAUGUGCAAGCGCGAGUGAAGAAAGCCAAGCACAACAAAGAGGACAUCUCUGUGUCCACGUCGGCGGCCGCGGUGGCCCAUUUCCACGCGCUGCAGAGCUGUUCUUCCAGUGCCGCUCUCGCCGACGUGUUCGAGUGGCUGGGAGACGCCGUCAUUGGCGAGUUGGUGGGCCGCUGUCUGUUGUCUCAGUUCCACCAAGCGCCAUUGAGUGCGCGAGUAUUCCGCAACUUAAGAUUGGCAGUGGUGACGAACCGCAACCUAGCGCAGGUGUACGGUGCCAUGGGGUACGCUGUUGUUCAGCGUCGAAACCUCCAGGAAGAUGCAAGCUGGAAGAAGAUUAAGUUGAAGCAACGUGCAGAUGUGGUUGAAGCGGUAGUGGGUGAGUUGGUGCUUAAGUUGCACCAACGCAAGGACGACGCGGACGGCUAUCGAGCUCACCUGGACACGGUAUUGGCCUCGAUGCUGCAUUGUCACUUUACAGAGAGAAGUCAAGCAGCCAAGGAGAAAGGGGAGACGGUGAUGGCAGCCAAAGGACCGCUAAGUGUGGCGUUCAACCCGUUCGCGUGUUUGCCCGAGGAACAACUGGACGAGACUACAGGGGAGCUGAUCGUCACUAAAGGGGUCGACAUAUUCGAGGCGGAUGAGGAAGAGAAGGAUGAAUAUGAAUACGAAGCAGUGGGGAGUAAGGAUAGUACUACUCCACAUCAUUAUUUUGCUGUAGGAAAUGAUACGAUUAAGGAAGAUACUAUACGAGUGGCUAUGAAGCAGCUGGAUCGAGAGCACAUUCUACGAACGUCGAGGGAGAUUUUUGAAGUCUUCAAGGUGUACGGAAUGGCAGUACUGUCCGAGAGAUUAAGUUUAUCACUAGCGUUACCACACGUGUCGCUACGUCUCAACAAACAGUCGGAGAUGGUGACGCCAGCGAGACUCACGAGACAGAGACAACGUGUUCUUUCGGUAGCGAAUCUGGCGAAAUGUGCCGUUUCUCUGGGCAUCGCGGAGCUAAUUCAGGGAAAUGAGCACGAAGCUGCUCGACUGCAAGAAGAAUAUGGACUAGCGAACACUCUUCGUGCCUUCGUGGGCUUCCACAGUGCCGUCGCGACCACUUCGACGCCCUCAAAUCGCCCCAGUAAUGUGCUGGUUAACGUCAUCUGCACAAUGCUUUACGACGUUGCAUUCUCAGGUGACAAUGACUUCAAUGCUUCGAUUAAACCCUGUAAAAUCCCCGAGAGAGAGCCGCUAGUGGCGAUGAUGCAGUCAGUGGGAGAAGCCCGUGUGUUUAUGAACAGCAAGGCGUGUGACGAACUCCACGCACCAGGAGAGAGACCAGUUUCCGACGCAGCUCUAGAGCGAAGGCGUCAACCGUCUCUGCUACUGCGCCAAUGCAUCGACUCGACUCGACUUGAAACCCUCUUUGAGACGCUCAACAAGGAGCAAGAAGCGCAACGACAGCGAAGCGAAGCUGCUCCUUCACUUCGAAAGAGGAGACCCAAGAAGAAGAAAACCGUUGAUGGGUUUGCUGCAACCGCUGGCUGUGUCACUCGCAAUCUAGAGCGCUUCCUCCAUCGCCGGUUCCUCUUCUGCCUCGAAGAGAUUGUGGUGCUCUUUGCUCAGCGUAAAACGGAGGCUUGUCGAGCUCAGAUCGCCGUGUUCGAACACGAUGUUGAGCCAUGUGCCGAGCUGCCUCACUUCCGGAAGUGGGAGGUCUCGACGAGUACACUUACACUGGCGAUGCGUGACAGCUUCUUCCGGAUGCUACUGCAUGAUGUUUGCCAGUUCCACGCCGUCAUUUCGACUAGUAGGAACGCGAGGGAUGGAACGCGGAUCACGCAGCUUCGCUUGCCGCUUCAUUACACGUGGUCGAACAUUGACACACGCAUCACGACGGAGCAACAGGCUCGCAGUUAAGUUGCGUCUCCGGCUGGGUGCUUGGAUUCGCUGGAGUUACUGGGAUCACCUUGUGGACUUAAUCCGCGGCGUUGAGCAGCCGUCGCUAGCAUGCAAACGGUGUUUUCUACCGAGUGU